AUGGUAGCAGCAUUUGCCCAGAAUGGGCUUAUGCAAGAGGCGCUGGAGCUGUUUCGAGAGAUGGAUUUCCAGGGAGUUGGGCCGGACAAGGUAUCAUAUCUGAGUGUGAUCCAAGCUCUAGAUGCGCCUGCGGGAAAUGCAGUAGCGAAGAUCAUCCACUCCACGAUCGUCGCUUCCGGGGAAGACUACAAGUGCGACGUCGUGCUGGGGACCGCGCUCGUAGACAUGUAUGGGAAGUGUGGAAGUGCCCAAGAAGCGUUUCAAGUCUUUCAGGAGAUGCCCGAGAAGAAUGUAGUGACGUGGACGGCGAUGGUUGCUGCGUAUGCCCAGAACGGGCAUCUUGCAGAUGCCGAGGCCGUGUCCCAAGACAUGCCCGUGAAGAACACUGUGUCGUGGAAUGCGAUGGUCACGGCUUACGCGCAGAACAGGCGCCUCUCCAAAGCCAGGGAGAUGUUCGAUGCCAUGAUCACGCAGGAUCUCAACUCGUGGAACAUCAUGAUCGCGAUGUACGCUUCUUCGAGCUCUGGCGAGGGUGGCCAUGUCGAAUCGCUCAAAUUCUUCAAGAGAAUGGUGGUGGAGGGCUUCCAUCCCGAUAAUUUCAGCUACGUGGGCGUGCUAGACGCCUGUGCGAGCAUUCCAUCGAUCGUGGAGGGACGGAUGAUCCACGCCGCGGUUGUGGAGGCCGGAUUGGAUCGGGACAUCGUUGUCGGGAACGCUCUCAUGAAUCUCUAUGCGAAGUGUGGGAACCUGGAGGAAUCGCGAGAGGUGUUCGAGCAAAUCCCGGCUCCAAACCACCUCGUCGCUUGGAACACGAUGAUGGCUUCGUACUCCAAAAACGGCUGCUUCUGGGAGGCGCUGGAGCUGUUCGUGGCGAUGGUCUUGCGAGGUGUUGAUCCAGACGAGAUCACGUUCGUGAGCGUCAUCUUCUCUUGCAGCCAUGGAGGGCGAUACGAAGAUGGCUGCUCCUUCUUCGUGUCCAUGCAGCUAGACUUCGGGAUCCAGCCGGUUCAAGACCAUUUUUAUGUGCAUGAUCGAUCUGCUUGCUCGAGCUGGCCUAAACAGUCUUGUAGAGUGAAAUUCAAGCAUCCAUUUUCGUUCUAUCGAACCUUACAAAAGAAAAAAACAAAAAAUUGGCAUGUCUUGUGA